UCGGGCGCCGUCAGGGCAAAUGGAGCCCGAUCCGGCGCCCGCCGCCUUCCCGGCUCCAAACCCUAGCCACCAGCCCUUCCUCCGGGCAGCCAAGUCCACGGCUUUCAAGCGCGAGGAGCGCCGCAAGCACAAGGAGCAGAAACGGGAGCGCAAGCGGCAGGACCGCCUCACCCUCGCCCUCGAGCAGUGGGAACCCCUCGGCGCCCCGCCUCGCCGGGCUGCCAUCUCCCCCUCCGGCGCGCCACCCGACGACAAGCCGUGGCCGUGCGACCCGCCCCCUCCUCCGCGGUCCGCCGUCUGGAGCUGGGGCCCUCCAUCGGAACCCUCCGCCGACCGGAGCUGGGGCGUUCCAGCGGAACCCCCCACACAGCCGCCCCCGCCGCCGGUCGCGGCAACGUGCCCCCAGGCCGCCGCGGUGAGGGCCGCCCGCGCGUUCUUCGGAGAGCACGCCGACAACGACGAGGAGGAGGAUGGGGAGGAAGAGGGAGGCAAUGAUGCGACCCGGUUCUUCGCGGACCUGCUGGAGAAAGACGCGGGCUUGAGGGCGUUCUACGAGGCGGAGCGGGAGACGGGCCGGUUCCUGUGCCUGGUGUGCGAGGGGGUCGGCGUCAGGGCGGGCAAGAGGUUCCCCGGCUGCGCGGCGCUGGUGCAGCACGCCGGCACCGUCGCCCGGACCAGGAGGAGGCUUGCGCACCGCGCGUUCGGCGACGCCGUCGGCCGCCUGCUCGGCUGGGGCGCCGGCCGCACCGCGCCUUUUCCGACAGAUUCUGGCGACGGUGGCGCUUCUGAUCAAGCUGGGCACUUGGAUGCUUCUGAAAGCGCGGAAAUGGAGAUGGCCUGACUUAGCUCAUCGUGCUUCGUUAGAGAUUCGUCUUGGUCAGAAAGCUUGGAAAUACCUGUGAUUUGGUUCGAUGCAUUGGUAGCCUUGAUGCCAUUUUUCAACAUCUGAAUGUAAUCCAGUUCGAUACUUCGUUGUGCUGAUAAUUAACCUUUAUGCUUGUUUUUAACAUCUCAAGCUGGAUGUGGAAGUUCC